ACACAAAAUGACCACAAAACCAAAGCCACACCAUCUUUUCCUUCUCUUAAUUCAGUUCUUAAUUUCCACAAGAGUCAAAGCUGACUGUGAUUCUGGUUGCAACCUUGCUCUAGCUUCCUACUACAUACCGGAGGACACCAACCUCACAUUCAUCAGCAAUCUUUUUGGAAAGCCCACAUCGGAGAUUCUCAAGUACAACCCAAGCGUCAAAGACUCCAACGUCAUUCACAGCCAAACGCGGAUCAACGUCCCGUUCUCCUGCGACUGCUUAAACGGGCAGUUUUUGGGGCACACUUUCUCCUACCGGAUCCAACACGGGGACACCUACACGCUUGUUGCGGAUACCACUUUCUCCAACCUCACAACCGAGGAUUGGGUGAGAAGGGUCAACAGUUACCCGCCCAGUCAUAUUCCCGGCAACGUCAACAUCAACGUCACCAUCAACUGCUCCUGCGGAAACCGACACGUGUCCAAGCAUUAUGGGCUGUUUUUGACGUACCCGCUUCGGUUGGGUGAUGACUUGCAAGGGGUUGGGGCGGAAUCCGGUGUGCCGGCGGAGCUGCUGGCACGCUACAACCCCACCUCAAAUUUCAGUUCUGGGAGUGGACUCGUGUUCGUGCCGGCUAAAGAUGAAAAUGGAAACUUUCCACCUAUGAAGCUGAGAUCAGUAGGAAUAUCUGGUGGAGCCAUUGCUGGCAUAUCGGUUGGAGGAGCUGCUGGGGUCUUAAUGUUGGCACUUGUUCUAUAUGUUGGACUACACAGAAGAAGAAAAGUGGCUGAGGUAUCCCUUCUCACACUCCCAGGAGCCUCUGAAGAUCACUGUAGUCCACUCUAUCAUGGUAUUGGUUUGGGAAGCAGCUUGGACAAGGCAUCGGAAUCUUCUGUUGUUGCUUCUCCAAGGAUGACAGGGAUUACAGUGGACAAGUCAGUGGAGUUCUCAUAUGGGGAGCUAGACAAGGCCACUGAUGGCUUUAGUGUGGCUAAUAUAAUUGGUCAAGGUGGCUUUGGAUCUGUUUACUAUGCUGAGCUUCGGAAUGAGAAAGCUGCAAUUAAAAAGAUGGAUAUGCAAGCAUCAAAUGAAUUCCUUGCAGAACUCAAGGUUCUAACGCAUGUCCAUCACUUGAACCUGGUGCGGCUAAUUGGAUAUUGUGUUGAGGGCUCCUUAUUUCUGGUUUAUGAGUAUAUUGAGAACGGCAAUUUAAGCCAACAUUUGCGAGGCUCAGGGAGGGAUCCGUUAACAUGGGGAGCUAGAGUGCAAAUUGCUCUUGAUGCAGCAAGAGGAUUGGAAUACAUCCAUGAGCAUACAGUUCCUGUCUACAUCCACAGAGAUAUUAAAUCAGCAAACAUCUUGAUAGACAAAAACUUUCGUGCAAAGGUUGCAGAUUUCGGUCUCACAAAAUUGACUGAGUAUGGUAGUUCUUCAUUACACACGCGUCUUGUGGGUACCUUUGGUUAUAUGCCUCCAGAAUAUGCACAAUAUGGCGAUGUUUCCUCGAAAGUAGACGUAUAUGCUUUCGGAGUUGUUCUAUAUGAACUCAUCUCAGGCAAGGAAGCUAUUGUCAAGACAAACGAUCCUGAGGGUGAAUCAAAAGGACUGGUCGCCUUGUUUGAAGAAGUUCUUGGUCUCUCAGAUCCAAAAGAAGAUCUUCGUCAACUUGUUGACCCUAGACUUGGUGAUAACUACCCUCUUGACUCUGUAUUUAAGGUGUCUCAGCUUGCGAAAGCAUGUACACAUGAAAACCCGCAACUUAGGCCAAGCAUGAGAUCAAUUGUUGUUGCCUUAAUGACACUUUCAUCUGCAACUGAGGAUUGGGAUGUUGGUUCCUUCUAUGAAAACCAAGCUUUAGUGCACCUUAUGUCUGGAAGGUAGCUCAUGUUCAUUUUUCUGAAUAUUUAAAUUGUAAAUAAAUGUUACAUAUCUUACCAAUUUCUUCUUCAAAACCAAAU